AUGAGCCAAGACCUGGAGAAGAAGUUAAAACAAGAUUGUUUUGAGUGUAGGAUAACAGGGACGUUAACUGCCUUUGCCUUAGGGUCGUAUAUUCUGUACAGUAGUCAAAAGGGUCGUUUUGUUGGAGGAAGAGGUCAUCAACUGUUCAUGAGGGUAUUUGCUUCAGGUAUGUAUUGAAUUUUCAUUUGGCCGCGAAGUUUACAGAAUUAAAAAAAGAGAUUUGAAAUUAGAAUUCGAAUUGAAGGGUCUUCUACAAAUUAUGCGACCUGUCUACUAUAUAUAUACAUUAGUAGUUUACAAUCCAGUUCGUGUUAUUUGAACUGUAAUCUAUAUUAAUCAGCUUACUCCGCCCAAAAGGUGUUACUUUGACUGUUUCAGGGGCUUUUUACAUGUCCGCCGCCCGAUGGUUUUAUUUACCUCCAUUUCACAAACUACUACAAGAUUAA